AUGGGGAGCAUCAUCGAUAAGGUGCCCGGACACAGCCGGAACCGGGUGUUCAAGGAGAUAGAGAUCUUCCACCACUGCCAGGGCCACUCGAACAUCAUCCAGCUGAUUGAGUACUUUGAGGAAGAGGAUCGCUUCUACCUCAUCUUUGAAAAGAUCACUGGAGGGCCCCUGUUGGCUCAUAUCCAGCGUCGCAUCCACUUCACAGAGCAUGAGGCCAGCCUCAUCACCCGGGACUUGGCCUCGGCCCUGGCCUUCCUGCAUAAGAAGGGCAUUGCCCAUCGGGACCUGAAACCUGAGAACGUCCUUUGCCAGAACCCGGACUCCCUCUGCCCCGUCAAGAUCUGUGAUUUCGACCUGGGUUCUGGCGUCAAGUUCAACUCCACUUAUACCUCCUUCGUCUCCACUCCAGAACUUUUGACUCCAGUUGGAAGUGCCGAAUACAUGGCACCAGAGAUCGUCGAGGCCUUUAACGGACGAGGGGAAGCAACUGUAUACGACAAGCGCUGUGAUCUCUGGUCUCUGGGCGUGAUCGCCUACAUCCUACUCUGUGGCUAUCCCCCGUUCUAUGGGAACACGCCGAGGCUGACGCCGACCCUCGCGCCCCUCCGGACGUAG